CUGGACUGCUUACUAAGUAAAUAAUCGGAAUCAGCAGGUUUAGAGUCAUAUGGGCACCUGAUAAGUAGCCUGUUUUGUAGGAGGGAUGGAGUAUAAAAACCCAAUCCCCACUAGUGUCUGGCUGCUGGUAGAGGCUUACUGACUACACACGCAAUGGCUGUCUCCACUUCCUCCCUGCUUCUCAUUUGCUUUGCUGCAACAGUGUAUCUCACCAAAGCUGCACCACUGGUGACCCAUGGCUCCAUUGAUUCCAAGUGCCCUCUUAUGGUGAAAGUGCUUGAUGCAGUUCGAGGAAGCCCAGCUACCAGCCUCGUAGUAAAAGUGUCCAAAAGGGCUGAAGAUGGGACCUGGAAAGAGUUUGCUACUGGGAAAACCAAUGAACUGGGGGAAAUCCAUGAGCUUACAACAGAUGAGCUAUUUGUAGAAGGCUUGUACAAGGUGGAAUUUGAUACCAGCUCAUACUGGAAGGCACUUGGUGUUUCUCCAUUUCAUGAAUAUGCUGAUGUGGUUUUUAUGGCUAAUGAUUCUGGUCAUCGUCAUUACACCAUUGCUGCUCUUCUUAGCCCCUUUUCUUACUCAACCACUGCUGUUGUCAGUGACCCAAAGGAAUGAGACCACAGAUUAUUCUUGCAAAGUUAUCUCAGCUGUUCCACUUUUGUAGGAUUAUUUUACAAGGAGGCAGUUAAUUUGUAUAACCAAUGGUUUGUUUGCUACAGUAGCAUCUAGCACUAACUUCCUGCUAAAACCCUUUUGAAGUAUGUCAAUAAAUAUUUCUUCUGUAAACACUUUCAAAAUCAUGUGUCUGUAUUCCCCCCAAGGCAAGUCUGUUUUAAGAAACAUGAGAAACCCAAUAGCCUUUUUGCAUCUUUAUAUUGUUUUUCUAAGACUGAUUUCAUAUUCAACAUUA